UUGUUCCCCUCCGUCAUGGCGAUUGCCCACCUAGCCACCGAGUAUGUUUUUUCCGAUUUUUUGUUAAAAGACCCCACGGAGGCCAAGUACAAAGGGCUGCGUCUGGAGCUGGCGGUGGACAAAAUAGUCACGUUCCUGACGGUGGGUCUGCCUUUGUUCCUCAUCUCCCUCGCUUUUGCUCAAGAGGUGUCGGUCGGUACCCAGAUCAGCUGCUUUGCUCCCACUAACUUCUCUUGGAGACAGGCGGCAUAUGUGGACUCGUUUUGUUGGGCAGUCCUACAGCAACAAAGUGACAGCUCACCACUAUGUCUGCACAAGUUCUUCCCAUACAUCCUGCUCUUUCUGGCCAUCCUCAUGUACAUCCCGGCCCUGUUCUGGCGUUUCUCUGCAGCGCCGCACCUCUCCCCUGACCUGAACUUCAUCAUGGAGGAGCUGGACCGCUUUUACAAUCGUGCCAUUAAAUUUGCCAAAAAUCUAGCAUCCUUGGAUAGCCAAGGUUCACCUGUGGACACCCAGAGUGCUUUGGAUGUGACCGAGGGUUGCUUUAAGUACCCUUUAGUGGAGCAAUACCUGAAGACCAAGCGCUUGUCUCGCGGCCUCGUGGUCAAGUACCUGUCAUGUCGCGGCCUGACUCUGCUGACACUCCUGCUGGCCUGCAUCUACCUCGGCUACUACAUCCUACACGCCUCUCUCACCGACGAGUUUCCCUGCGACCUGCGUACAGGGGUGCUGAAGAACGACACCACGGUGCCGUCCGCCGUGCAGUGUAAGCUGGUGGCGGUGGGUGUUUUCAGGCUGCUCAGCUACAUCAACUUGGUGGUGUAUGCGCUUCUUGCUCCGCUGGUGGUGUACGCUGCUCUGGGACCAGCUCGCCAGAGCUCCGGCUUUCUCCGGCCCUACGAGCUGCUGCCAGGCUUCGGUUCUUUGGGCGUGGUCACGCCCUUCUACAACGACCUCAGUAUCUACCUGUUAUUCCUGGAGGAGAAUCUGAGCGAACUCAAAUCAUAUAAGUGUCUGCAGGUACUUGAGUUGUUGCAAAAUGCUGGUGACGAGGGCUUUGACACCAUGUGUCUGCUGCGAACUCUGGGUCAGGUGAAGACCGAUGUGAUAGACAGUAAGAAGACGUGCUCACGCAAGACCAACAAAGAAACUAAGAUAUGCGAGGAAUGAUUCCUCUGAGAAAAAGAAUCAGAUCUGCUGUGGUGGAAAAGAAGAUCAGUGAGACAAACCUGUGCACUUACAUUUAUUUGAGUUACUGGUGAUGCAUGUAUUGCCUUACAGCAGUGUAAUCCAUAUCCUCUGUAGUUUGGCCAACAGACAUUUUACUUCUUAGAUAUCUUAUUUUUAGUAAAUGAGAAUAUUCCAAGUCUCAAGUCUGAGGCGAUUUGCUGCAAAUUCCUAUCUUUUUCUGUGCUACAUGCUUCUUUUCUCUUGCCUGAUAUCGGACAGAAUUGUCAACUUCUUUAAUUCUGCUGAGUUCAAAAGUCUGGACCUAGGCAAACUUUUCUCAGGAUCUCAAAUACUUUCCAAUCAUAAUUUACAAUAAAAUCUAUGUUCCUUGCUGAAAUUUGUACAUUCAAUUUCCAUUUCCUGUCCUUUAUGUUAGAAUAACAUUUAAAUUAAUGUUUAAAAUAUAUUUCCAGCGUGGGAUAGGUCGAAGAUAUCGUGAUUGAUGACAGUUUGUCUAUCCAAAGGGAGCACAAUAUACAAAAAUAAUUGUUUGGUAAUAUAAGAACCACCAGAGCUGUCUGGACUGUAAAACAUGUGAUUAUGUAUGCAUAAAUGUGUCGUUAACAAUAGUUGGUAUACCGUAUGUGCAAAAAAACAACACCUUGGGUUGUCCAGACAGAUGGACUGAUGGCCGCUCUGCAUUUCAUGUGAAAGGUGAAUUCAUAUUCUUUGAAGGAGUAAU